AUGGGUGUGACCAAAAAGAAUGGCAAAUCAUUACGUACCAAGCUACGGUCGAAAUCACUACAUGGUGUUCUGAGAUCGAUGACAAAGGAUGACAAAAUUGUGAAAAAGGUGCAUAACAAGAUCGAAGCCAAGCUUGUUAAAUCAUUGACCCAGGAGGGCAAACCAGACGUGCCUACAGAUGGCCAUAAUGUCUUAGACUCGAACGAUCCAAACUACAAGAAUUUUACAAACGUUAGCAAGAGCUCAAUAAGGAGAAGAAAAAGAAAGCUUCGUGAUGCGUUGAAACCAAAGAUGGACGACAUGUUGGAUACAUUGAAUGAGAUUGGAGGACAUGACAAAACAUCGACAAUAGCGACGACAACAUCAAUAACAGGCCCAGGCAAGAACACAAAGUACGAGUACUUGGAGACUAAAAACAAACAUAUCCCCAACCCUCAUAAGUCCAAAGGCAAAGCGUUCGUGGAGACUGCUGAGCGCAAGAAUUUCAACGGGACGCUUGCCAAUGGUAGCUUUAGAAACAGUCCAUUUGCUACGUUGAAGGACAGGAUCGCCAACAAUUUGAACACCAUUGGUUAA